GUCAUGAUGAAGCUGUGCUGUGCAGUUUUUAUCUUUAUUUUUCUACUCCAUAUUGCAGAAUUUGAGAUCUACGGCACAGGAUUUCACACACAUGACAGUAUGAAAAAUAUAGGAUGUGAGUUAACAAAUGAAAUCCAAGCUGUAUUCCGGACUAAUGCCCUGAUAUUCUAUAGCCAGACCUUAGUGAACAACUCUUUACAAGACGUGAAUAGGCUGGUGAAAAACCUCACUGUGUUUACAUCAAAUUGCUGCAUGGAAGAAGCAGAUUCUGGAUGCUUUAAGAAUAAGAAUGACAUCCUCAUUGACAGAGCAUGUGAGGAUCUGCUUUCUGGGACAAAGAAUCAGGCAAUAUCUCUAUGCUGUGACCAAUUUAAUGCAAAGAGAGAAGAAUGCUUCAGAAGUAUACAGCAUGGUCCUCCAGUAACUAUACCUAAUAUAUAUACAGUUAUUCCUUUUGCAAGCCAGUGUAUGGAAUAUAUAUCUGAUCAACACAUGUUUUUGAAAACCCACGUUUAUGAUUUUUCAAGACAGUAUCGAAUAUUUCCUCUUAAGACAAUGGCUAAAAUUAUACUUGCAUCCAAGAAAAUAUAUGAUACCUGCUGCAAAGAUUCUGCUUUAGAUUUCUGUUUGGAAGAAAUGUUACUGACUGAAUUAUUGCACAAAAAUAAUCUUAUAAAGGAAUAUGUUUUGUAG